CCGUGGCGCUCGCUUGCUGACUACAGAAUCCAACAUGGAGUAACCAGCGAUGGGGCUCGCACGGGGCCGUCAUCACCAGCACCAGCAGUUUCAGCCACAGCGGAGUCACGCAGGACGAUUGAACAUUCAGCCGUCUGCGGAAGCUUCGGUGUGGAUUUCAUGUACUUGCGUGGAUGCAUUGCAACUAUCCGGGGGUAAAGUGCAGCAGACUGGGGGAAAGCGAAAACAAACAACGGUUCAAUCGGUUGGACAAAAAAAAAUCUCUCUGCUACACAGAACAACAAAAAAGAGUCUUGGUUGCAGGAUAAGAAGCGAGACAAAAUGAAGACUGAACACUGUGCGCGCGCGGUGGGAUAUUAUUGUAGGUGAACGAGGAAAAAUGACCGAGGAAUCGCAGCCAGACGAUGACAGCUAUAUAGUGCGCGUAAAGGCAGUGGUGAUGACGAGGGACGACUCAAGCGGUGGUUGGCUGGCUCAGGAAGGGGGCGGGCUCAGCCGGGUGGGAGUGUGUAAGGUGGCUCCAGCCGAUCUGGAGCUGCUCGACAGAAAUGGCUUCCUCAUCUACGGAGAGAGACUCCGAGACAAGCAGGAGAUCCUGAAGUGCUUCCUUAAGAAGGACUUGGUCUACACCAAGGCCACGCCCACAUUCCACCACUGGCGCGUGGACAACAGGAAGUGCGGCCUGACGUUCCAAAGCCCGGCAGACGCUGGUGCCUUUGACCGCGGUGUCCGCAAGGCCAUCGAGGACCUGACUGAAGGUUCCACCACGUCCUCGUCUACUCUCCAGAACGACACAGAGCUAGGAGAUGACGAUGUCUUUACAAAUGCCACAGACAGCUCCUCAAACUCCUCCCACAAGAGGGAGCCCUCCAUGCAGACCCCUGCACCAAUCAGCUUCUGUGAUCCGUGCCGCCACCAGUGCAUUCUGGAGCAUCUCUACGACCAGCGCAGACACCCUGACCAUUACUUCCUAGACCAGGCGGUGCCCAUGUUCUCACGUCACGUGACCUUCCCCCAGGAAGAGGAAGAGAUCGUGCGGAUAAACCCACGUGAGCGCUCUUGGCUAACGACGGGCUACGAAGACUACCGCCACACCACCACCAGCCGGGACAAGGUCCUGCAGCCGGACCCCGCGGACGCUUACGUCAGUUUUGACAAGCACGAGCUGGCCAAGCACGACUACACGUACCCGUACCCGGACGGCAAAGCUGGCAUCGGCGGGGGCGUGGUUACUGGGCAGCCCUGCCCACCCACGACCAAGAGGCUGCCGUGGCAGCGGGACGCGGACAGUACCUGCGGUGAGCUCCUGCGCUGCGUCUAUUGCCGCGACCUGUUCAGCCCGGCCGACAACCGCCGAGGGCGGUGCCGGGAGGCCCCGGACCCUGCGGCUACGUGCAUCCACCGCGUCAGCUUCAUGUGGUGCGCCGACAGCCUGCUGUACCAUUGCAUGUCGGACGCGGAGGGCGAGUACGCCGAGCCGUGCUCAUGCGAGCCUGGCGCCGGAGGCGAGCACUGCUGGCUGCGCUGGCUGGCGCUGCUGGGCCUGGCGCUGCUGGCGCCCUGCAUGUGCUGCUAUGCCCCACUGCGUGUCUGCCACCGGGCCGCCGUCGCGUGCCACUGCUGUGGGGGGCGCCACAAGGCUGCUGGCUGACCAGGGAGACACAGAGGGAAGGACUAGAGACGAGGGUGGAUGGUGGGGUUUUUUUCCCCCAGGGGAGUUAUGCACUCUCUGGCAACUUCACCUCACAUGUUUGUAGUCAGGUUUUGUUUUUUUGUUUUGUGGUUGCCUCAGCUUCUAUGAUAUACAUUU